AAAACAGACCGUAUUUUGAAAUUAUAUGGGUUAAAUGGUUGUGGUUAUUAUACUGUUACGUACUUCUAGGAUUUAACUAUUUUCUUAAGAUACUGAUUCAAAUUUUUGAAAAUGAGUACUACGCUUAGCCAAAAGGAUUAUAUAAAGAGAUAUCUAUCUAAGUCGGAUAGUACUAAGAAGAAAAAGAAAAGGAAGCCUAAUACCGCAGCGCAGUCGAAGUUGCGCAUUGUGGACGAUGACAUUGACCUGAGCAGCAUGCGGCCGGUAGGCGACGACGAACUGGAACUCUACAACCUGGACGAGGAUGCUCCCCAAGUCGCCGGCGUCAUCGACGAACGCCCGGAGGAAGUGCGCACAAUGGAAGAUUUCAGGGCAUCCAAGCGGUGGAAAGUUGUUUCUGAUAGCACAAGCGAUAUAAUAGUGACAGAGUUUAAUGGUAGCUCAGGGAAUAAAAACUCAGGUGAUAAAUUGAAACCAAAUGAGGAUGGGAGCAAAAGUUCAGUUUCUUGUAAGAAAGACAGUGCAGGUUCUGAAGUAGAAGAUUCAUCUGUACAUCACUCUGUCAAAGAUUCGAAGCAACUUAUAGGUGAUUCAGAUAUUUCUCCAGUGCUGAAGAUAAAAUCAGAAAGAAUAACAGACAGUGAUAGUGAUACUUCAGUUUCGAGAAAGUACCGGUUAGUACAUAAGAAUGGCUUGGAACAUAAAGAUUCUAGGAGUCUGGAAGAAAACCGAAAAUUGACACAUAAAUCAAUAAGUAAUGACUUGAAGAUAUCAGUGUCAAAGAAACCUAGAAAUAAAAAUAAAUUGGAUAUCAACAUGCAUAACGAUAGUGAUUCAGAUUUAUCUGUGCCACGACAAUCUAGAAAAAAGGAGAGAGAUAAAGGAUUAGAUGAAAAUAUGAAACGUAAAAAAGAUUUAAGUGGACAAAGUGACUCGGAUCUCUCUCUCCCACGGCCUUCUAAAGGCAAAGAAGUAAAAAACAGAAAGUCAGAAAAAGAAAGAAAAAGAUUCAUAAAAAAAGAAUUGAGUGAACAGAGUGAUUCUGACUUGUCUUUGUCUCGACCUCCAAAAUGUAAAGCUGAUAAACACAAAAGGCCAGAAGAAGAUCGAAAAAGACACAGGAAAAGUGAUAAUGAUUCAGAUUUGUCUCUGCCACGACCUUCUAAAAGUAAAGAGAGAUUAAAACACAAAAGGAAAGAAGUAGUAGAGAAAAGACGCAGGCAAAAAAGCUCUAGUGAACAAAGUGAUUCUGAUUUAACUCUGCCUCGACUUUCAAAAAGUGAUAGGGUAAUAGAUAAAAGGCCAGAACAAGUAAAUACAAAAGACAGGGAAAAAAUAUUGAGAGAUGAAAGAGAUUCUGAUUCGUCUCUGCCAAGACCAUCAAAAAGUGAUGGUAGAGUGAAACACAGAAGGCCAGAAAGAAUAAAGAAGCGACACAAGAAUAAACAUUCGAGUGGAGAAAGUGAUUCAGAUAUUUCUGUACUACGACCUUCUAAAAGUGAUGAUAGGAUGAAACACAAAAAUCAAGAAGAAGCAAAGAUGAGAGACAGGAAAAGAAAGUCUAGUAAAGAUAGUGAUUCUGAUUUGUCUGAGCCCCGACCUUUAAAAAAUAAAGACAGGGUGAAGCAUAAAAGGUCAGAAGAAGUGGGGAAAAGACGCAGGAGAAAGGUAUCUAGAGAACCAAGUGAUUCUGAUUUUUCUGUGCCUCGACCUUCAAAAAGUGAUAGGGUGAUACCCAGAAGUAUAGAAGAAAAUAUGAGAGAGAGGAAAAAAGGUUGCAGAGAAGAAAUUAGUUCUGAUUCGUCUCUCCCACGACCAUCAAAAAGUAACAGUAAAUUGAAGCGUAAAAGAUUAGAAAAACUAGAGCAAAAACGCACGAAUAAAGGUUUGAGCAGAGAAAGUGAUUCAGAUAUUUCUGUACCACAACCUUCAAAGAGUUACAGGUUUGAACACAAAAGUCGAGAAGAGAAGAAGAGAGUCAGGAAGAGAUAUUCUAGUGAAGAAAGUGAUCAUAAAGUGAAACAUAAAAGUCGAGAAGUAAUUAAAAGACACAGGAGAAACGGGUCAAUCGAAGAAAAUUCUGAUACCUCUCUGAGAGGACUUUCAAAAAGUAAUGACAGUUUUAAACACAGAAGGUCGAAAGAACUAAAGAAGCGAGAUAGAAGUAAGAGGUCGAGUGAAGAAAGUGAAACAGAUUCACCCCCACCAAUGCCAACGAGAAACAAAGGUAGUGAUGGAGAGAAAAGUUCUAAGAGGGAAGGAAAGCCAGCUUAUCCAAAACCACAUGGGAGGGAUUCUGAUUCUUGUGGACUCAAAGUGUUGCAGAGGAACAGCAGGUUUGACCACUCGCUGGCCAAAGAGGCGCGUGGUUCUCAGCCAUGUUCGCCAGGGGAGGGCGGCAGGAGUGGUUCCCCGCCAAGGGCACCCGGGAGGAACUCUGCGCAGCCCAGCAGGAGCCCCGAGGCAGGAAGCAGGAAGCUGCAGAGGACGCUCGACGGCAAACUGGCCGGUCUCCAGGAUGCCAAGAACCUGAGGGAAGAGAUCCGCAGUUUUGCAGAACGAGAAAAGGACUUGUUCUCGAAGAUGUCUGAUGACGUUUCUGGCAGACUGGCAGAGGCAGUUCGAAGAGACAGAAAGACAGGGAAGAAGCGAGAUUUUGAUGAAGAGGCUCGACAACAGAAAGAGAAAGAAGAGAAGGAACAGAAAGUCAAGGAAAAGUAUUCCAGAUGGGGAAAAGGCCUGAAGCAGGUGGAGGAGCAGAAGCAGAACCUGGAGGAAGCCAUGAAGCUGAUGGCGAAGCCCCUGGCGCGCUACGCGGACGACGAGGACUUGGACCGGCUCCUGCGAGACCAGGAGCGGGACGGGGACCCCAUGCUGGACUACAUCCGCGGCAAGAAGGCGGCCAGCGACCCCGCCGCAAAAGCAAGGCCCAAGUACCAGGGAUCAUACCCAACCAACAGGUUCGGGAUCCCACCCGGGUACCGGUGGGACGGUGUCGACCGGUCGAGCGGCUUCGAGAAACAGUGGUUCGAGCAGCGGAACGCGCAAAAAGCUCGUGAGGAGGAGGCUUACAAGUGGAGCACUGCGGAUAUGUAAACAAGCUAACUUCUCUUUGUUGACUGGUUUUUGCGGCAAAUCUACGAGACGUGAGAAGCAUCCUUGACUCUUUGCACAGCAUUAAAACUGCUGACGCAACAGUGAGAAUAGACUCCUCAAUGUGAAAUGUUACGUCAUUUAGUUUUGUGUUAAGUGUAAGGCUUAGUUAUCAUGAAUGGGGGGAAAAAAAUGAGUCUGGUGCAAUAGUCUGCUCCCAUAGUCACAUUACCGUGUUUUAUCACAGAAUCGUCGCACGCGCGUAAUCGUCGCAACCAUAUUUUUGGCUGUCAAAAUUGGGAUAAAAAAACUUAUCACGUAAACGUCGCAUGAUGUUUUUGGUCCCGCUAGUAGAUGCCGAACGCUUUGUGUAGGUAUCUUUUCCAUAUAAAACAAUGUAUUUUAAAGUAGAAAUCUAAUAUUUAUUCGUUCAUUACCACUUACUUAAAAAUCAACGGAAAAAUACGACGUUGUUUGGCGUGUAAAUUUUCUUACAAAGACGUUUUUAAAAGUUAUUUCCUUUAUCUGAUCGUCUGCGUCGCCGCGGUGUAGGUAUAAUCUAAAAUUUAAUUUCGGUCAUUACCACUUAUUUAUUUAAUUAACGGAAAUACAAAGUUGUCUGACGUGUAAAUGUUCUUUUAAAGACGUUUUUAAACUGUAUUUCCUUUAUCUGAUUGUCUGCGUUACCGCGGCGUACCGCUUAUAAAAAUGUAGCCAGCGCAUCAUUCAUGUUUGGUUAUGUUGCUUCCCGUAUAGAGCACGCGCACGUAGUCGAAUAUCGAUAUCUCGCCGAUUGGAUCCAAUGCGCGCGCUCUCUGUCAGGUGCCGAGUUAACUACAUUUGAUGGCCCGCAUUCUUUCGUGGCAAGUGUGUACACUACGACACGUUAGUUCACGCGUUCGCGUUAGAGUUUUGGUUUUUCUAUUUAAAGUUGAAGAAAGGUUUUUGUUUAAGGAAUUAUUAAUAUAGAUUGUUUGGCGUGCUCUUGUAUACUCUGCCUUUUUUUAAAUAAACGUACUUUCCAUGAACGGGAUUUGUUUUUAUGAAUAACUUUACCUAACAAAAAAAAAUUUUUUCCGCACAAUGGUCGUACCCCUACUUUUCAAACUUGAUUUUAGAAUAAAAUCUGCGACGAUUAUGCGAGAAAACACGGUAAGUGUUUCAUUGAAAGCUAAGGGUCAGUUGACCAUGUACUCACAAAUUACUAUAUGGAUAUAUGGUGAGGUUUGUAAUUUGAACUAUGCAGUUGCAAUGAAGAGGAAAUGCAUUUCACUUGUAGCAAACCUUGGAUAUUGUCAAUGUGAAACAUGUUGGUCACACUUACAGAACGUUCCUGUGACCAGUGUUAUGUACAGACUUUAGUAUUACCAAUAAUUUAAUUGUUGGAUUACUGUAUAAAUGUUAUAUUUAAGGGCACUUCUUGCUUCAAAUGUAACAUUAGUAUAUUCUUAAUUAAUUCUACACAUUGAAUCGCUUUACUUUAUUUUUGUAUAUACAAAAUUUUUAUAUGAAAUUUAAAAAAAAAUGUUUUUUUUUAAUAGAAAAUGAAUAUGUACAGGGUACAGGCAUAAUUUAUGUAAAUAAAUGUUUUUAAACUGUAACUUCCUAAAAAAUCACAACACAUUUGUGUGUACAUCAUUUCACUACCAGACAGGAAUGACAAUUUCAUCGAUUAGGAGCAUAGUAGUAGCACCAUCGGAUAAGAUAAUAUAGGUAGGUACUAUGUAUUCUAGUUGUACAACUUAAUUAAAAUUAAACUACCAGAGUUUCGGGCACUGUUGCACAAAGAAUUUCAUUUUGGAUGAGGGGGGGGGGGGGGGGGGAAGGGGACUAUAACCACUUACCCACAGUUUUUAUGUCAAUUUGUUUUCCUUUUAUUGGUGGGAAUGAUAAAUUUUUAUAUGAUCCCUCUCCCCCUCUGUAUACAUAUCUGGUUUUGGGCACAAGGCAGAGAUAUCUUUCCAAGAUUUUUUUCUCUACUAUCAUCUGGCAGUAAUAGGGUCUUCCAAACUACCACCAGGAGGGAACCUCUUAUGCAAGCGGCUUCAGUUGACACAACAUUCCCUCUGGGCCAUUUAGGUUGACUGUAAUAAGGUUUAGUCCCAUUAAAAGAAACUUUUUUUUUAUAUAUAUAUUUUUUAUAUGUACAUUUUUUCACCAAUACUGUAUAUCUUAGUUUUUGCCAUUAAUGAAUUAAAUUUUCAUUUCCUUCAAGUUCCUACCGGGUUCCUGCAGACAGAAACAUCUGGAAAACUGUACUAAGGGAAUUGAUGAGUUGUCUUCAAAAAUGUAGGGGUGGGGAGGGAGCAUAUUUAUUUUAGGUUCUUAAAACUAGACUGCACUGUUAUCAUUAAUUAAACUUCAGAACUAAUAAACCAACUGUGUAUUGAUUUAAUGAUCUGAAGUAAGAUCAAACACCAUUAGUUAUUCUCACUGUCUCAAUCAAAAAUGUAUUGUUUCAAAAUGUGCUAUUACAGAAUAGCAGAGUUGAUUGCACUGAUGAAUAUAAACGUAAACUGUGUACAUGGAAGAUUUUAUGGUAAAAUUUACAUCUUCUUGAAAAAUUAAGUUAUUUAAAGUGUAGUCCUCUUGUAUUUAUAUUAUCAUGCAAUAUUGAUUAAUAAGUCAAGGAAAAAAUGUUUGGUUGAAUAGGAAAAACACAAGUAAAAACCAGAUAGAAACAACUCAGGGAAAUUGUCUAUGGUAAAACUACGGGAACCUGUUAGAAAUACCAGAAGUGGAGUUGCAAUGUUACAAGCAAACGAGAUUACUGGCAGGUCACUGAACACAGGUGUUACUUCACCUGCCUCGUCAGUAAUGCGCGUAACAGGGCUUGAGGAAACCUCACAACCGACCUAGUGUGUAACAAGAUCAAGCCUGGGUGUCGGGUAUAAAAACUGAGCUGUGCCCUGGCACACGGUCAGUGCAUCUUCGUGCCCUGUAAGCCAUGAUGGCAGACACACAGACGAAGAGGCGGCAUCUCUGGUCAUUGUCAGAGGAGGCGAAGGUUCUGGCGUCGCGACUCGACAGCUGGGUUGCCUCCUGCCAACAGAAGACAACUCUGAGGUCCGCGCUACUCCCUCCGUCCAGGAAACAACACCUAUUCGACGACUCCUACGCGUCCACCGAAGAAAUGGAGUCUCGUCGUAACUCCGAGGAAGAGGCUGAAGUUUCACGGGACUUCCUCGUCCCAGACAUCUGCAUCGCAGAGUCCUUCGACGACCUGCUUAUCUCGGAGAUAGUGGACUGGUGCCACGGUGGUGCGCUUUCCGAGUCUCCCAGACGCUGUAAGAGCGCGUCACCACGAAGGGCUCGCCUGGAGAUGCCAUCGCCUCGGAGGAGACGAGACAAGGAGAACAACUCGACAGUGCACCCUCUCCAGCGCGUGAUCGACGCGCACCGCCCGCUCAGCCCUGCGCUCGUUGGCGAGUCUUUGCGGUCCGCGCUGCAGCACCUCAGGAGCCAACAGCAGCUCAGGCAGUCCCGUCGCUGUAAGAACAAACGCCGUGCGGUGGUGGGCGGAGCGACCGAAGACGGCCCAGUGUGGCCCGCUGUCCUGCUGACCUUUGACAGAGAGUGCGCCUCUAGAGACGGCCCUCACGCCCUCCUGGCACCACCACCUAACUCGUGACUUCUGAAGGUGAGUCGCCGAGAAUGAUCCUGAAUCUAUGUCGUCUUGAAGCCAGAUGACAAUAUCCAAGUGAUGCUGUCAAGUCCACAGAUGGUGCUAUACCUUUGGAGGUGUAGCUUGACUGUCUUCCACAUCAGCAGCGGGAAAAGAACUAGGAAAAUCUACAGAAGUAUUACAAACGAUGCCACGGGAUUUCAUCCAGUACAAAAACUAAGAAUCCCUACAAUGUAACAUAACAUGAGUUUACAUACUGAAAACUGAAAAAUGUGGAACAUUACUUCAAAACUAUCUGUAAUGAGGAAAUGUUACUUUUAAGUGUGUCAUGAAGCACACUCUUAAAAAUUGUUAUAAAAACACCAAAUUAUUUUGGAUGCAAUGUGAAAUGAUAACAUAAGUGUUUUAAUCAUGGUCAUAUUGUUUGUAUUAAAAUGUUUCAAAUGUUA